UUCACUUCGCCUUUAAUGUCAAUAUAAUUUCGUUCGUAACAAGGAAAAUGUGGAAAUAGCACCGCCGUUCUUAAUUGAUUCAAGUUUUAAUAGACUUCGGGCUCUCAAGCAUCCGAUCUGCCAUGUCCACAGACCGCCUGAUCCUGCUGCAGUUCAGCAUGCACUGUUUCAAGGUCAUUUUCAUCUACUGCAUCUGUGUAAAUGUCCUGGAGCACCUCUUCCAAAGGGUCCAGGAAAACUGAGCGGGAAAAUGUUGGGGGCCAGAAAACGGGAUCAAUAAAAGAACGAAAACGAAAUGGGGAG